AUGUCGAACGCCGCCCGAGAUGGAAAAUUGUCUUCGACUGCCGCAAGAUGGAACCGUGCAGCUGGCUCCAAGCCACAGGGAUUUUUGAACAGUCGACAACCCCCAGAUCUUGUGCCUUCAACUUCCGCCUCUGAUAAUGGCAGGCGCCGUCCAACAGGUCUUGGUACCAGCACGUGCCCCGUCUACGGGAGUCCCGUUGGCAGCGCGUCUCCUCAACUAAACCGGAAACCAGGAGCAACACGGCUAUCACAAAAGGAGGGCAUUUCCAACAAUCCUGUUCGCGUUUCCAGGAGAUGCUCCUUGCCUCUUUCAAGGGAGGAUGCGUCAUUAACAACUUCCCGCGGGUUGCCCGGUUCUUGUGCAGCCACCGCGUUCACUAAACUCAAAAGAGAACCGCAGCAGAAACGUGCCUGCAUUUCAAGCCACAAAAAAAUCCAGGGAGUGGCAAGUACGUCGCAAGCUGCAGUAACCAUUCUGCAGGAUGGCAUACAGCGGUACGGCCCCUCUGCAGGGAGCGAGCAUAUGCUACGAGCUGAACUCGCGGCAGCCGAAGAAGCUAUCAGAACAGGUACUAAGCAGCUUAUCGCCCCUUGUAUUCGCCCCCCCCCCUCGCCCACCUCACACCUCAGCGCCAAGCUCAAGACUCUCCCGCCUUAUACAGUAUUAGUCAUCAGUUUUCGAAUCCCGAAUCCCCUUUGUAGUUCUGCGCAACAAUCUUCGUAG